AUGUCUCCUGACAACGGGCGCAGUGUUCCAUCCGGUCGUUUUCCAGCUCCGUCCAGAACGCCUCCAGGAGGUCCUUAUCUUUAUCAGACAACGGGCAAUGCGACAGAUCACGCGCCCAGUCCGGGUCAGGAAGUUCAAAAUCUCGAUGUUCUGGGCGUUCGAUGGUCGGCUGCUGCAGCUGUGCGGGCGGACGGGGAUUUCUUCCCCUUCGACGUAAGAUAUUACCUCAAUAAGUGGAGGAAGCGGCAGCUUUACAACGAGCAUCCGGUCAACAGGACACUUUAUCGAUCUUUUGAGCUUAACUUUGUUGAACUUGAAAAAACCGACUGGAUGGCCGCAAAGCUAUUGAUGUUGUUUGGAUAUCUCGACCACCGCGAUUUAUGGCUCGACCUCUGCGUUAAUGCCACCGACCGCACUUUUCCUGUGUGGCUUCGUGAAGUAGUGGCCGCCCAAGAGUUCAACCACCAUUACGCCAGCCUGUGUAACUUAUCCUUUGUCGAAGCCAAGCCCUGUGAUGGAAUGGGGGAACAAGUCUAUGAGAUUCAUCCAGCUAUCCACGAAUAUUCGCGGCGGAAAGCCAAAGCCAACGAAGCGGAGUACGUGAAAGCUGCUGUAUCGCUCAUCGCUGCAACAGUCCCACGGUCUGUCGAGAAGAACUUUCUGGAAACCGUCAAACGGUUGAAGCCGCACGCUGAGCAAUGUAUGAUCCAUAUGGAACAAGACCGGGGCCGGACCGGCCUAGAUCUGGCGGAGCUUGAGCGAUUUGGAGAUCUCUUUCGCCAUUUGGGGCGUUACAAGGAAGCGUCUAGGUUAUAUAAGGGAGUUUUGAAUAUUCUUUAUACGGAGAAAGACCCAGAUGAGCUCACCGUUGGAAUGAUGAGUGGUAUCGAAAAUAAUCUUGGCUUGAUCUAUCAUGCUCGGCGAGAAUACGAUCUCGCCCUGCGAGUUUACGAUCUGUCGUGUUCGAAAAGAUUGCAGUUGAUACCCGAGGACCACGAUGCCUUGAUGAUGACACAGUACAACAAAGGACGGGCUUUUCUGAUGCUCGGCAAGCUGGACGAGUCAAUGCAGGCCCUGCUCGAGGCCGCCACCUACUUUCGUCAGCCGAUGGUGUGGAAUACUUUCCGAGAUGUCAUCGAUUGUAACAAUACAAGAUAUCAGAUUUACUUUCGAAUAUUGAACGACAUUGGGGAGAUACAUCUUAGGGAGAACAACGUGGAGCAGGCGGAACACAGCUUCCGGGAGGCAUUCAACGGCCAUGAGAAGUAUUUUCAUACGAUGCAUCCCGCAACUUUUGCUGUCCGGGUGAAUAUUGGCAGAGUAUGCGUCGAGCGAUCUCAAUAUACAACCGCAAACAAGAUAUUCGAGUACAUCAUUGCAACAUACACGGAGUGGUGGGGAAGACACCAUGCUGAGACUAUGCGUGUAGUCGGUGAGCUGGCUGAGUCGCAUAUGCGACACGCUAAAAUGAAGCGUCUGAUGGGUGAUGGAGCAGACUGGGAAUUGAAUCAGUCCAUGCAAUUGUGGACAGAAGUACUAAGCUUCUAUGAGGAGAGUUAUGGCUGUAACUCAGAUACUGCGGCUAACUCUAGGUUAAAGUUACAACAACUGCAGUCACUUGGCAGUGGUGCCUCUAAGGACCUAUAUAGCGUGUAUUACUUACCAUACGCCUAG